AUGCUUUCAAAGAUAAAAGCGGUUUUCACCCCGAAAUCGUCAACCAAGAAACCACCGAUCGUCCAGCAAAACACUCGCGGUCGGCCUACAUCAAAGAAAGUACAAGAAAGGCUAGAUGAAGCUGCGAGGUUAGACCAAGCUGCGAGAUACAGCUCCUAUGGCGAGGACAGCAACGUAAUUACCGCUUCCCCCAAGCAUAGGUACGAUUUACCCCGACACAGCUCAUACGUACCGUCAGAGGGCUCUCGUGGAACUGGUUCGUUUAUGAAGUCUGAAAAACCUAAAAUGCAACCAAACAGUUCAACAAGUUCUAAAAAGAAGGAGACGAGGGAUGAUAAGGUUUUUCCAUUAAUAAAGGGGGACGAGCACUUGUUGUGCAUUAAGAGGUUUAAGAAUCAAAUUCCAUCAGAGUUUCGCUCUUACAUAUCGCGUAUACAAGAUGUGACCCCAGACGGUCAUUGUGGGUACAGGUCUGUGGCUGUCGGGUUAGGUUUUACGGAACACGCAUGGCCCAAUAUUCGAAGAGAUUUACUACUGGAGAUUGACCAUAACAAACCGCGUUGGAAGCAUGUAUUCGAAACAUAUAACGAAGGAGACUUUAAACGAAUACGUAAGAGCAUCGAAUGGCAUUCAGUGAAAGGGUGCGAUGAAAGUCACUGGAUGGAAAUGCCCCAGGUAGGGCUUCUCAUAGCGCAAAGGUAUAAUAUUGUCCUCCACGUGCUAAGCAUUGAAUGGAGCUCUACCAUCUUCCCAUUAACGGAUGCCCCACUAGAUCCACGACCUCAAGCGAUACCGCUUAUACAUGUUCACGGGGGACACUUCAUACAUGCUAAGUUGGAAGGAGACUACCCCAUGCCUUUAGUGAACCCGCUGUGGUCGGCACAUCGAUCAAUAGCUGCGAAACGGUGGGAAGAAAUGUAUACACCGCGGUUAGAGCACUACUACGAGUUAAUGCAUCCUAAAUCAGACCGAGACAAAGACAGAGAACCGAGUUUAAAUGUUAUCGAAGAUUAA